UUAAAGAAGUCAAGGGGGGGGGGGUCAGGAAUUCUGAUUCAAAAACAAACACAAAAUGUAAUUCCUGUUCAUAUUCCUCAGUUCAAACAAAUUAAAUCAUUCUAAAAUGUGAUCCUGGUUCUGAAUCUUCCAGCAGUAAUAAUUGGUGCACCGGAAUACUAUUGGAACAAGUACAAACCCUACAGCACAGCAGAAGGGAUACACCCUUGAUUCCUGGAAACUGCAAAUUAUUUAUUCUGAUUAACAUUUCAUUUACCGUAACCUUUAGAAUGGCAGUUGGUGAGCCAAUAGCAGAAGUCUUGCAUAUGCAUGUUCAAAAGCUAAGCUACUUCAUCUACUUUCCCCCUCUCUCAACUUUGCACAACACAGCAGUCUCUCAUUCUGGCAAGAUGUUCAAAAUCAGAACAUUUGUGCAAAAAUUCUGGAUUCUCUUUGAAGUGUGCUUCUUUACGGCUGUUGGUAAAAUCUGCUUGAUCUUAUUCCCAGCUACCACGAAGAGAUAUAUUUUGAAACAAGGGGGAAAGAGCAGCAUGGCAAGAAACCCCAAUUUCGACUAUGAAAACUGGGGUCCAACUUUCUUCAGUUUCCAGUACUUACUCUUCGUCUUGAAAGUCAGAUGGCAAAGGCUAGAAGACGAAGUGUUUCAAGGCUGUCCUGCUCCUAACACCCCUCUAGUAGAUUUUAGAGGGGAAAUAUGUCACAUACUGGACUUCAUGCAUGAAACGAGGCCUUUGGUCUUGGCAUUCGGAAGCUGUACCUGACCUUCAUUUAUGUUCAAAUUUGGCAAAUUCAAGAAGCUCAUCGAAGACUUCAGAUUUGCAGCAGAUUUCCUUAUAAUCUACAUUGAAGAAGCUCAUGCCUCAGAUGGAUGGGCUUUUAAGAACAAUAUUGCAAUUAAAAGUCAUCAAACCCUCCAAGAUCGUAUCCAGGCUGCACAGGUCCUACUGAAAGAGAAUCCCUCAUGUCCAGUGGUUGUAGACACAAUGGAGAACCUAAGCAGUUCCAAGUAUGCAGCUCUACCAGAAAGGCUUUAUGUCCUUCAAAAAGGAAAUAUUAUCUACAAGGGUGGAGUGGGACCCUGGAAUUAUCACCCAGAAGAAGUACGUGAAGUCUUGGAAAAACUGCUUUAGAACUAUAAAACAGGCCUAAUAACAAUCUCGUAUGUGAACAAUACAGUAACACCAUAGUCUGUUGAUUAAAGGCUACAUACAACCCAUGAAGUCAUCCCAUUAGUGCAUGGACGU